AUGAAAGUCCAAUUUGAGGUUGCGUUUUUUGUGGCCCUUACUUUUCUCAUCCUAUAUAUUGGGCACAUCUCAAGAAAUCGAAACAUCAAAAUCCUCCAAGAAAAGUCUUACUCCUUGAUUUUUGGUAUUAUAUUUGGACUAUUAUUUUCUGUAUGCCAAGUCAGCUCAAUUAUUUUAGAUGAUUACAACUUUACCCUCUCGCUUUUUUACUAUGCUUUGCUACCUAUAAUUCUUUCAGAAAGAAUCUUCAAUUGUUAUAAAGGAUUUAUUUACCAAGAAAUAGGAACAAUUUUAAUUUUUGUGCUAAUUGGAGGGAUAUAGCCCGAGCCUCUUUUUGGCUCGACUUACCGAUUUCUUUAUAGGUAGUUGAUUUUAUUAGCAUUAACAUUUAUUGGCAAAACCAGCUCACCGCUUAUAAUGGCAGACGUCGGCAUAGCCCAGCCAAAAGAAGGCUCAAACUAUAAUGUUUUUCUUUUCCACACUAAUUUUGCUUUGCAGCUUAUUUUGGGCGAUUGAAUCAAGCUGAAAUGUGACAGAAGCCGCAGUUUUUGCGGCAGCUAUGUAUAUUUGUGGAAGCGGAUUAUUAGGACUAGUAAAAGAUCAAUGAAACCAUAUAAUUUUACAAGGGGAAAGCAUGUUUACCAUAAUAUUUGCGUUUCCUUUAUAUUUAUCUAUUAAAUACACAAACGAAAUAACAAGUGAAAAUAUUGGGGUUGUUUUUGGGUAUUUUUUUUUAGAAUUAGUUCUAUCCCUAGGAUUUGGGAUUAUAAUAGGGAUGGGUUUUACUAUGCUGCUUAAAUUUUCCCCAGCGUCAAAAGUGUGAGAUAUUAUAGAGACUGCCCCAUUUAUUUUGGUUCUUUAUUUAAGCUUUAUAUUAGCUGAAGGAAUUAGCUUAUCUGGACCUUUAGCACUUUUAGCAUCUGGGUUAGUGCUUGUAAAAUAUCAUUUUAUUAAUGAUUUAUCAAGGAUUGUGCUGGCAAAUAAUUUGAUUACCCUUAAUGCGUGCUCAGAGGUAUUGGGGUAUAUCAUUAUUGGGUUUUACCUCACAAUAAAUAAUGAUUAUUCUGUUAUCGUUAUUGUUUUGGUGCCAUUUAUUAUAUAUUUUUCAAGAUUUUUGUCAGUCAGUACCAGCUAUUUAUUUUCGAAAUUGUGCGGGCUGAAGCUAGCUGGCUUUAAAGAUUUAAUGAGUAUCUCAUUUUUAAGCUUCAAAGGAAUUGAAGCUUUUACUUUAUUUUUGCUUAUAAAUAAUGAGUUUGACAAUGGAGAAAAAAUCCUAUGUUUUGGGAAAUUUGGUAUUGCUAUUAGCACGUUGAUUUCUAAUUUAUGCUUUAAAUGCCUUUCUAAAGAAAAAGAUGAGGGAUAUGGGACAUCCGCUAAAGGACUUUGCUUGAAAAUUAAAAAUUUAUUGCUGAUUUUUGAUAAAUUUAUACAAGACUUUUUUUAUAAAGAAAAUCAAGAUAAUUCUAUUAUGAGUCCAAAAUUCCAUGAAAGUCCACAGAAGUUUGAGCCAGGGAUUCAACAAAGACAAGAUAGAGAUGAGACUAUUAGAGAACUGCAAGCUCUUAAUAUGAAUGUAACCGAAACUGAAAUAUUAAGCGCGUUUCAACUGAGAUAG